GUAUGCCCGUGUUGACGUCGACACGUGUUUCUGGUGCAAUCUAGCAUCUGAGGCGGCGACCCAUUAGGAAGGAUGCAAAGUCAGUAGCUAGCGUUUUUAUUACGAAACAAGGCCUUUCUUCUGUUGAAAACGGUGUCUGGCAGUGGUGAAGUAGUUCAUAACUCUGUGACAGUGAUCAUUUUGCUUUGGCCGGCUUAUAAAGGAAUAACGUUAGCUGCGUCAUAAGAAGGCUUUGUUGUUAUGGGUGUUGUUUAACCCAGACUAAAGCUAACGGUAGAUAAAUUGAGCUUCACAGCUAACGUUAACCCAUCUCUUUCCUCGGGGCUGCCGACUAAUUUACAAGACCUUAGCAUGCCAAAAGAGGGAGACCACCGCGAGGGUGGAGGAGACAAGGACUCGAAGGAGGAGAGGACACAGGAUGCUCCUGAGGAGACAGUGAGGAAGAGGGUCCGAGAAAAAACUCCGAGCCCACACAGGGUAAACACUCCUCAUGCCAGCCCCUCCAGGUUUGCCUCUGUGGAGGAGCUGAUGGAGACAGCUAAAGGAGUCACCAACAUGGCUUUGGCCCAUGAAAUAAUGGUCAAUGCUGCUUUUCAAGUCAAACCUGCAGAGCCUCCUGAAGGGAGUUUGGAGCGCAAAGUGAAGGAGAUUGUCCACAAAGCUUUCUGGGAUUGUUUGGAGGCUCAGUUGAAGGAGAAUCCGCCAACGUACGAACAUUCCAUCAAACUGCUGGCUGAGAUCAAAGAGACACUGCUUUCUUUCUUGCUGCCUGGCCACGGUCGUCUGCGGUCCCGUAUCGAUGAGGUUCUGGAUCUGCCGCUAAUCCAGCAACAGGCUGAGAAUGGAGCGCUUGACAUCAGUCAGCUUUCCCACUUCAUUGUUGGGAUGAUGGGCUCGUUGUGCGCCCCCUACAGAGAUGGGGACAUUGAAAAGCUGAAGCAGAUCACCGAUAUUGUGCCUCUGCUCAAGGCUAUAUUCUCUGUGCUGGACCUGAUGAAGGUGGACAUGGCUAACUUUGCCCUGACCAGCAUCAGACCUCAUCUGAUGCAACAAUCGGUUGAGUUUGAGAGGGGCAAGUUCCAAGAGUUUCUGGAAAAACACCCCAAUGCCUUAGACUACACUGAGAAGUGGCUCGAGGACACAGUGAAAUGCCUGAGAGAGUCCGGGGCUGAUGGAUCUAGUGCUGCCACAUCUGAUCCUCCCUUACCCCUCUCCGUUAAUGUCCAUAAUCAUGCCUAUCUACGCCUGCUGAGGUGGGACCACACCUCAGACCCCUUCCCAGAGACAGUGUUGAUGGAUCAAGUUCGGUUUCAGGAGAUGCAUCAUGAGGCUGAGCAGUUAGUCCUGCUCUCCUCUGUGCUCCUCAUCAUCUACACUACCACAGGGGAGGCUAUCUCAGGCCUGCCGGGGCUGAUGGAGACUCUUAAAAGCACUGUUAAUGUCCUGCUUGCAGACAUGCACACACCGUCUUUUAGUGCACAGGAGGCCUUAGCAACCAUCGGAGAGAAACUGUGUGUUGAGCUGAGUCAGUGUCUAAGCCGACAUGGCUACUCUCCAUUGUCAGCCGACUUAAAGAGCACUCUGAAGGGACAAAUCUCUGCUACCAUCCAACCAGACAACAGAAUCCGCAAACUGAUGGAGUCUCGGGUUCAGAACUAUCUCUUGGCUUCGCUGGAGUCCAGUCAACAUAAGACCCCUCCUCCUCUCCCAGGAGGUCUGGCUCCAGUCAGCAGGGAGCUGAAGGAGCUUGCUGUUCGCUUCAGUCGCCUCAUCAACUUCAACAAGCUGGUCUUCUCCCCGUACUACCAAAAAAUUCUUCAUAAAAUACUGACAGCAGGAGAGAGUCCCAGCACAGAGACGUAAACACUGAAAUGCAGUAAGAGUCAUGUGGAAAGUGGUCCGUUGUUUUGCAAUUUCCCCUCACUAGUAACGGUUAAGAUUUAGAGCUGAGUUGAGGAAGCUGAUCUGUAUUCAGCAGGCAAAGCCAGUUCCCAAAAGCAUGCAACUUAAACCAACAUAAUCAGAAAACGGUGGCUACCAAAUCAGUUGCAUUAAACUACAGUGUUGCUUCUAGGGCUGGGACGAUUGCUUCUGUCCGGAUUGGUUUCUGUCAUGAGACAGGGGUGCUGGUGGUGGGAUUUGAUAGUUUUGAGUUUUGUGAUUUUUGAAAAAUACACUUCUAGAGACCAUUUAUCUUGAGACAUUUCUAAAAACUAUUUGUUUUCUAAAAAUAAUGCACAGUCUGACAUUUAUUUCAAGUGCUUAACAUGUAUUUUUUUGGCAUUUUCUGUUUUACGGCUGUUUUGCUGGAAUCGGAUCGGAUUUAGUCGCCGUAUAAACAGAAAAUAUUUAGGGGAAUCGUUAAAAUUAAUAAAAAAUAUAGAUUCUGGGUAGAAGAAUUGAUUAUAAUAUUCGUUGCAAAUCACAAUACACACGAUUUCCAUUUUGUUUCCCACCCCUACCUGCUUAUAUGAUAAAAUCUUAGGCCUUAUAACCAUCCAGCCAUCUUGCAUACGUUUUGUUCAGUAUUACUAGCAGGGCUGGGUAUCCAUCCAAAUAGCUUGGUAUCCAAGCCAAUACAAUAACUUUGUUUGACAGGCUUUCCACGGUCAUGAAAACCUGGAAAAGUCAUGGAAUUUAAAAAUCAAAUUUUCCAGGCCAGGAAAAGUCUUGGAACUAGUAAAUUCCUUGAACAUUUUGGAAAAGUCAUGAAAUUCAAUUGUGUUUAAUGACAUUAUAGUUAUUGUAGUUAUAGUUACAGUACAGUAAUUUUCUGUGGAUAACAACUUAACGUGACAUACCGGCAAAUUUAUUUUCUGUAGCUGUUGACAUAAUAUAGCACUAAUUUGUGCCUUUUUUUCCCGGAUGCUGUCUCUCCCUCCAUGUAUGCCAGCUAGCUGAAAAUAUGUUUGGCUAUAAUGGUACAUUUAAUAUUUCAUGGCUCUCUAACGACGAUACAGUUUGUGUCUGUCAUUGAAAAAAGCCAUGAAAUAUAAUGUAAUAUGUAGGCUACAUACUUUUUGCUGCAUAGUUUUUCAGACUAAUUGAAUAAUCUGUGCUUGCAAAAUCAUUGAAAAGUUUUGAAAUUUUGACCAUAACAAUGUGGGGGAACCCUGGUUUUAAAACCAUUAUUAAAACAAUAUCGAGUAUAAACGCAUUUAUUUAAAAAAAAAAAAGAAAAGAAAAGAAAAUGAACAAAAGUGAUUUUAGUCAACAAGACAAAGGAUCAGGGUCUUUAUUUAUCAAGGGUCUCUGAUAAGUCCUAAAUGGUAAACAGUUCUCAGGAUGACACAUAUAUGGUGGAUAUUCUGGUGCACAUCUUGUACGUCAUAAUAAAUAUUUCUUAAUCGGGCUUAUCAGAUUUCCUUGGUUAGAGUAACAGUAAAAAUAUUUGGGUAUGCAUUUUUUGCAGUCUACUAAAAAUGAAAACACAAGAUACAUUGGAUUUGUAAUUGUAAAUGUGCAUAAAUAGAAGCUCAAAGGAAGCAUCUUUAUUGUCUACCAGCCUAAAUUCAAACUGGAUAAGAACCUUUUUUGAAUACUCUAUUCAUGUCAGAAUGGUUUCUUGAAAUGUUUAUUGAAAGGAUUUAAAUUUCCGUACUGGCUCUGAAAUACAGCAGGAGGUUAGACCAUGCGGUAUCUAAAUUUGACGGUAAUUAUGAAAAUCCAUUGUUAAAAUUAACAGGCAACAAAUGGGGUCCUCUUAUGACAAGGAUCCGGGAAUAAGCCGCACGGCAAUAUAAAAGUAAAAGGUAUGUGCACUUUUUGUUUCCACUGUAUGUGCACAAAUAUGUUUAUUUUAACUUUUACCGUAUAUAAGAUAAAAGGAAAAUGACCAAGAUAAAUUGAUGUGUACUCGAGGGAAACCAGACAGGUGUUAUGGAUAACUUGAACAGCUGCUCUCUUUAACUGUUACUUAGUAUAGGAGUAGUGCAAAUGUUCACUUAUUUAUAACAUUUCUGAUGGUUUAUAUUAUACUUAUAUUUUAAACCAUCAAAAAUGCUAAUAAAUAUUCUUAAAAUCUUUAUAAACUUUAUUAGAUGUUAAGAAUAUUUAUGUUUGACAAACACGUUGCUUUGCAUAAUAGUUCACACAUUCAUUCCUUCAACUAACCACAUAACAGUUAAAGUGGUUGUAACGUUUCUUCAUUCCUCCAGGCAGAAUUACGUUGACUGCUCGCAUCAAUUGCACUAAUAUUUGUCUUUUAAUGUUCAUCCAACAUGCCAAUAAAGCAUUGUUUGUUCCACA